UUAGUUUCUCUGCCGUUUCCUCAUCAACCGCAGAAGGUUGCUGGUUGAAGCCGACCAAAGACUCCCCGUCCCCCCCAGGUCGUAAAUAUUAACCAGCUGGAUCCGCGGGGAAAGAAUUCCAUCUAUGUGACGCUGUGGAAGAAGGUCUCGUGUCCUCGUUGGCUGCAGGUGGAAACGGGAAGAUCUGUUUGAUUUUUUUUUUUUGUUUCUUCAAAAUGAUUUUUCUUUCGUCGAUUAUUUCCGCUGGUUUUAUCUGAUGGAUAACUCGCUGUCACAGGGGUAAAGAAGCCAGAACAAAUCCGUAUUUAAGAAGCUGGAACGAGAUCAUUUUCGCCCCAAUGCCAUUAGUUGCUGAUUAAUUCGAUGAAUCGAUGAAUCAGCUCGAGUUGACCCUGAGAGCAGUUGAAUCCGUACUGAUCCCUCGCUUUAUCCUCCUGUGACGCGGACGGAGAAAGGUCCCUGUGGCCGAAACGUUCACUCUUUAUAAAUGAGCUUUUGGAUGAAUGAAUAAAAGCCUGCGACCCUGAAGUGGACCCGCUGGAGCGGCUGAGGAACCGGUGGCGGUUUACCUGCCGGAGGAGGCGCGCCUCAAGUUGAGUGUUUGCUUUGGUGACAGUAGCGGCUGCUCGCUUUUCUCCAGAGCUUUCAAUAAUAAAUAAUUCAGCUCAGGUGUUCUGGACUCGCCCCAGAGGGGCCAGCGGUUCCACCUGACCGGCCCGAGUUGUUACCGCGCUGCUUGCUCUCCACAACAACCCCCACCCGGACGGGUCACAGGCCUCUCCUCCGCGACCCGACGCGUUCGUCUCCGUAGCUGAGCAGGAGUCGCCGGGGUUCUAGCCCUGACAAUCAGUCAAAGCUAAGAAGAAGAAUUAAAAAAUAAGCAGGUUGCAGCUUUGGGCCCCGUGCAAGAACCCGGGGACCUUCUGUUUUUUUUUUUUUCUUCUGGUGCCAGCAGACCCAGAGUGCAGCAAACACACCCGUCAAUUAUUAACGGCCCGGCGCUCUCAUUCCCCCGACGUAACCAUGGCAGCAGCAGACUGAAACUCAGGGAUCCGGUGGCUCGUGGGAAAAGACUACCGGCCUAAAACCGAGAGAAACUGGCAUUCCUCUGACGGCGGGAGCCGGCUGCCACCUUCUACUCCGUCAGAGAGGGAAUCGCCGAGGAUCCGCCUCGUUGGCAGCGGAGGAACGUGCCCUUUUUUCCCCCCACAUUUUCUAGAUAUUUAAGCUGAACACUUCCGAGCUGCUGUGGCCUCUUUAGGUGGAUUAUUGGUGGGGGUUUUUGUCUGCGUGAGGAACCGAUAAAAGCGUCCGAGGUCCGAGGCCUGUUCUUGUUUGUGGGGUUUUUCGGCAGCAGCAGCAGAAGAAGAAAUCCACAGCGUCAUGAAUCUGAAGCAGCGGAUGAAAAUGUUGAAGCACUUUGGCGCUCUGCCCCCGGAGCCUCCACCUUCUACUCCACCACCUCUGCUGGUGGUGCCUAAACCAGGUAUGGAGGAGCUAACGAUAUGGGAGCAACACACGAUAACGCUCAACAAAGAUGCCAAAUUCGGGUUCGGCUUUGCCAUCUCAGGCGGCAGGGACAAGCCUCACCCGGACACCGGGGACACGGCCGUGGUGGUGUCGGACGUGCUGCCGAACGGACCGGCCAGCGGUCGGCUGUUCUACAAAGACCAGAUCGUCAUGGUCAACGGCGAGUCCAUGGAGAACGUCUACUCCACCUACACCAUCCAGACCCUCAAGUCCUGCGGCAAGACGGUGAACGUGACGGUGAAGCGCCCUCGCAAGAUCCAUCCGGCGACCACCAAGCCGACCCGCGCGCCUCGCACUCUAAACUGCUGGACGCAGAGCCCCAGGCGCGCGCGGCGCUACUCGGACGGCAGCGAACGGGACGGCCAGCGGUACCGCGCCCGCAGCGCCUCGCCGGACCGCAACGGGUUCGGGAACGGGAGCGCGCUGGCGCCGCUGAUGACGACGGCGUACAAGAGGCUGCCGCGUCAGGACGCGCCGGAGAAAGCCAUCAAGACCACGCUGCUCAAGAAGAAGGUCACAGAUGAGUACGGGCUGAAGCUGGGCAGCCAGAUCUUCAUCAAGCACAUGACGGAGACGGGCCUCGCCGCUAAGGAGGGGACGCUGCACGAGGGAGACCUCAUCCUCAAGAUCAACGGCAUGACGACGGAGAAUCUGUCCCUGCUGGAGACCAAGCACCUGGUGGAGAAGAGCCGGGGCAAGCUGACCAUGACGGUGCUCCGGGACGACCGCAAGUUCCUGGUCAGCAUCCCGGAGGUGGAGGACAGCGGCCCCGACAGCGAGGACGACCGUCGCCGAGGCAGCAGCUCCGAACUGGAGGACAUUUCCGACCUGGACGAAGACACUUCGACCCGCAGGACGUCCCGCCAGCCCACCAGAGACAAGCGCACACGCAGAACGAGAGCUGAACCUCCCGUGUCCAAGUCUCGGGACUCCUCCCCAAUGCGCUCCACCUUGACUCGGCCGCCCGUGAAGUCCUACGCUCCUCGCCGAGCUCCGUCCGAGUCGGACAACAGCGCGUCUCCUCCUGCUUCCUUCAGGAGGACCAGUCCGGACAUGAAGGACUCCGCCAAGUACAAGUCUCUGUCCGGCAUGUCCAUCCUCCCCAACCCUCGGUUCGCUCCUCAAGUCUCCACCGAGCCGACCUCCCGCGCCUCCUCCUCCGGCGCCUCGCGCCCCCGCAGGCCGGUGUCUGACUCGGACUCGGACGGCAGCACCUCCCCCCGCCCGCGCAGGCGGAGCCCCCGUACGGACAGCCGAUACAAAGUUCUUCCUGAUCUGGCCUACGGAGGAGGACUCGGAGCUUCCCCCAUCGACGUUCGCCACGAGGCCCCGAGGAGGGUCAACUCCCCUCUCAGAGUCCUGCCCCCAGACUCUGACUCCGAGUCGGAGCCGGAAGUGAGCCUUCCACCUCCUCAGAGGCAGAGCACCACGUACAGUCAGGACUCCCUCAGCAGAUACAGGGUCCUGCCAGAUGUUGCCCUGCAGCCACAGCUGGAUCCGCCGCGAUGGAAAGCCCCCAGCGUCACUGCCAGCAAUCCGCGACGAGAAGCUUCUUCAGAUCCGGAAUCGGAGGCCAGUUAUGAAUCCGUCCCUCGCAGGGAAUCUCCCGACAGCGUGAAGUCCAAACCGGCUCCCAGCAGAUACCGAGUUCUGCCUGAGAUCAAAUCCCCCCCGGUCGCCAUGAAGCAGGAGCCCCUUCGCCGCAUCCCGUCGCCCACCGGGCCUCCCGCGGAUGAUUCCUCGGAGUCGGACCAGCUGUCGCAUCUCAGGAGGUCCGGCAGCUCCGAGCGGGGGGACGACGGCGGCCGCAGGGGCCCCCUCGCCGCCAGCAGAACGGACACCCUGAAGUCCGGCGCUUCGGGGAGGAGCAACCCGCCGACGUACUCGAAGCCUGCGGAGGAGCCCGUCUACUCCCUGCCUCCGGACUCUUACCCGUCCCAGAAUCCAGGGUACAGCUCGGACCUUCACACCGUGUCGUUUCGGAAGGAGGGCAGCGUGGGUCUCAGGCUGGUGGGGGGCAACGACGUGGGCAUAUUCGUGGGCGGAGUUCAGCCCAACAGCCCGGCGUACGAGGAGGGGAUGAAAGAGGGGGACCAGAUCAUGCAGGUAAAUAAAGUCGAUUUUGGUCAUUUCACACGAGAAGAGGCGGCCAACUUCCUGCUGAACAUCAAGCGAGGAGAGCGCGUUGACAUCUGCACUCAGAACAAGAUGGACAUUUAUAAGAAGAUCAUCAAGUCCAACCUGGCCGACAACUUCUACAUCCGCACCCACUUUGACCACGAGGCCGAGGGCCCCGUCGGGCUGAGCUUCACCCGAGGGGAGGUGUUCAGGGUGGUGGACACCAUGCACCGCGGGAAGAUGGGCAACUGGCUGGCCAGCCGCAUGGGGAACGACCUGCACGAGAUGGAAAAAGGCACCAUCCCCAACCAGGCCAGGGCGGAGGCGCUGGCCAGCAUAGAGCAGGCGCAGCGGGCCAGCGGGGAGCGGCAGGUGUCGGGCCCGCGGGCCGAGUUCUGGAAGCUGCGGGGGCUCAGGGGCAACAAAAAGAACGAGAAGAACAUCCGGCGGAGUCGCGAGGACCUGCUGCACCUCACCAUCCAGGGCAAGUUCCCGGCCUACGAGAGGGUCCUGCUCAGAGAAGCUAAUUUCAAACGUCCCAUCGUCAUUCUGGGUCCUCUUAACGACGUUGCCAUGGAGAAGCUGGCCAGAGAGAUGCCCGACGAUUACGAAGUGGCAGACAUGGUGCCUCGCAGUGGAGGAGGAGACGGCGGCUCCACGGUCAUUAAACUGGACACCGUGAGGAGAAUCGCAGAGAAGGACAAGCACCCGCUCCUGGACAUCACUCCCACUGCCGUGGAAAGGCUGAACUACAUCCAGUACCACCCGAUGGUGCUGUUCCUGGACCCGCACAGCCGCAAGGACGUCAAGGCCAUGAGGCAGAGGUACAGCCCCGACUCCAACAAGAGCUCCAGACGCCUCUACACGCAGGCCCUGAAGCUGAGGAAGCACUGCAGCCACCUCUUCUCGGCGCGUAUCGACCUGCAGCCCGGCUCCAAUGUCUGGUACGACAGUCUCAAGGAUAAGAUCCGCCACCAACAGUCCAAACCGGUCUGGGUGUCUGAAGUGAAGUUGGAGAGCGGUGGAGAACAGGACCUGGACGCUCUGGACCAAACCCAGUCCGACUACCUCAGCGCCGCCAGCGACCUGGAGGACACGGACGGAGAGGUCUACACCGACAACGAGGAGCUGGAGGAGGCGUUCCCGGGGCAGAGCGCCGCCCAGGUCCCCCGAGGCUCCCGGGUGGCCGGGUCCGCUCUGGCCCGGUCGUCGGAGCCCGCCGAGGACGCCGAGUCCGACGCCGAGUCGGAGGACGCCGACUCGCGGCCGCUCAGAGGAAUCCCGCCGCUGCUGCUCGUGCCCGAGCCAAGGUCACCGCGGGAGGAGCGCUACAGCCCGUCCCACAGCGCCGCCGAGGAGGAAGAGGAGGAGGAGGAGGAGGAAGAGGACUUCACGCAUCGCAGUUUCACAGACUCAGAUUUUAGCGCCAUGGACGGACCCCCGGAUUUCAUAGCCCCCGACCCCUCCGCCCGGCACUCUGUGGCCGAGCCGGCUUACGCCGAGGCGCCGCCCGAUAGUCCGCAGCACGCCAGCCUGUCCGCCAUCGAGGAGAAACUACAGCAGACGCGCUCCGCCGAGCCGCAGGAACCAGCCGGCGAGAAGAAGGGCCCUCAGUUCAUCGUGCUAGCGCAUCAUCACCAGGCCGUCCAGUUCAGACGCACACAGAUCCGAGGCAGCGACAGCUCGGAGGACGAGGAGGACGACAUCGAGUGGGGUCCGGCCACGGAGCUCUAGAGUUUAAAGACACUAUUUCACUCGCUGAACAAACUCAUUUUGUAACUUUUUCAGGGAGACAUUGGUUCCUCCUGUGAAUGUUCAGGUCAAAGUGCCUCUUUAUUUUUUUAUUUAAAUGACACCAUGUGAUAGAAUUCAGCCAUAACUUUUUGUACUUCCACGGUUUUGUGAGAUAGAAACAAAUUCUAGUUUUAUUAUAAAGCGAAUGAGUUGUUACAUAGAAAUAUUCAGAACAAUGUUUGGAUGCAUCUUUGACUUUUUCUACAUUAAACUGUUUUACUGAUUUUAAA